AUGGGCAUGCUACGAGUCGGAGGCUGCUUAGCACUCGCCUUCUCUCUGAGCUUCUUCUUCUCGUGCUCCGUUGCUUCUCCAGCUGAUGGCUUCCUCCGGUGCCUGCUGAGCGCCAAGAUACCCAGCGAGCUCGUGUACACGCAGAGCUCCACCAACUUCACCGAUGUGCUGGCCUCCACCAUCAGGAACACCAAGUUCCUCACCAACGCCACGGCGAGGCCGCUCUGCAUCGUCACGCCCGCCGACGCCUCCCACGUCCAGGCCGCCGUGGUAUGCGGCCGCGGGCAUGGCGUGCGCCUCCGCGUGCGCAGCGGCGGGCACGACUACGAGGGCCUCUCGUACCGGUCCGUGCGGCCUUCCGAGGUGUUCGCGGUGGUCGACCUCGGCGCCAACCUCCGGGCCGUGCGCGUCAACCGGCUCGAGUCCACGGCCUGGGUCGACUCCGGCGCCACCAUCGGGGAGCUCUACUACGCCAUCGCCAAGAACGACUCCCGGAUCGCGUUCCCGGCCGGCGAGUGCGCCACCAUCGGCGUGGGCGGCCACUUCAGCGGCGGCGCCAUCGGCAUGAUGAUGCGCAAGCACGGCCUCUCCGCCGACAAGGUCCUUGACGCCAAGCUGGUCAACGCAGACGGCCACCUCCUGGACAGGGCCGGCAUGGGGGAGGACCUCUUCUGGGCCAUCCGGGGCGGCGGCGGCGGGAACUUCGGCAUCGUGCUCUCAUGGAAGGUCCAGCUGGUGCAGGUCCCGCCGACGGUGGCGGUGUUCAACAUCGCCAAGACGGUCGCCGAGGGCGCCGUGGACAUCCUCGCCAGAUGGCAGCACGUCGCGCCGGUUCUCCCCAGCGAGCUCACCAUAAGGGUGAUCGUGCAAGGGCAGCAGGCCAUGUUCCAGGCCCUGUACCUCGGCCCAUGCGACUCGCUGGUGGCGACGAUGGGCGACCAGUUCCCGGAGCUGGGCAUGACAAGCGCCGACUGCCAGCCGAUGACCUGGCUGGAGUCAGCGGCCACGCCCUUCAUCAGCUUCGGCAGGAACGGCACGCUGGAGGAGGCGCUCCUGAGCAGGACCGCCGGGCAGAGCAGCGCCGGGAAGAUCAAGUCCGACUACGUCCAGCGCGCCAUCCCCAAGGCCGCGUGGGAGGAGAUCUUCUCCUGGUUCACCAUGGACGGCGCCGGGUUCAUCUUGCUGGAGCCCCACGGCGGGUUCAUGGGCAGCGUCCCCGCCGCGGCGACGCCCUACCCGCACCGGCACGGCGUGCUGUACGUCAUCCAGUACAUCGCGUUCUGGCAGCAGGGAGGCGACGGCACGGCGGCGACGGCCUGGAUCGGCGGCCUGUACGACUUCAUGGGACAGCACGUGAGCAAGAACCCUAGGCGGGCGUACGUCAACUUCCGGGACCUGGACAUCGGCCAGAACGAUGGCACGCCGGAGAGCGGCGAGGUGUGGGGCGAGCGCUACUUCGUGGGCAACUACCGGCGGCUGGCGGCGGUGAAGGCGGCCGUGGAUCCCACCGACUACUUCAGCAACGAGCAGAGCAUCCCGCCGUUGCGUUGACGGAGACGGAGACGCUGACCAUGCGAGAGAUGCCAUGAAUUAACCAUUCGUGAUGCAUGGGCGGCUACUGGCUACUGGUCGAGAUCCGUUUACUUUCCUUUGCUGAAUAGUAUAAACAAGGGUGGAGUACCAUCGAAUUAUAUUCUUGUUUUUUUGUUAUCGUUCUGCUGGUUUCAGUCUACUUUCCUGGAU